AUGAAUAUUAAAUAAUUAGCUUCAAAUUUCGAUGUUCUAUAUCGAAGAGUAAAUGAUAGAAGUAAAGUAACCGAAAUAAUGUUGGGAUAGCUUUUUGAGAGAUCAGAAGCUGAAGAGAAGUAUCACAAGGCUUUGGAGAAAAUAAGUGGAUAAAUGUAAAAUGGUGGUGGAGAUAUUGAUGAUUUAGUGAGAGGAGUGAAAGUAGAUCUGAAUUAAAGGGCCCAAUACUAUAAGGUAUGUGGGUAUUAGUAACUAAGCAAUUCAACUAAUCGUACAAGCAUGAUGUAGAAUAAGCUAUCAAUGAGUUAAGACAUAUCCAAAGUUAAUUUAAGCCACUUAUACAAGAUGUAUUGAAAAUGGAUAAAGAAAUCAAAAUAACAUUUGAUAAGUACGAUCGUUAGAAGGAAAAGACUAUAAGAGCAUCAAAAGAUUACGAAGAAUCAGCAAUUACAUUAGAAGCUUUGUUUUGGAAUAAGGAAUGCAAUUCAGAAUAGAGAUCAAAAGCUCAACAUCGAUUAAAUUCAUAAUUGUCAUAUAAAUUAGAGAAUGAAUCUGCUUUGAAAUAGGCAGCUACAAUUUAUAAUUAAGCUGUUUCAUCAUAUUGUUCGGCUUUAUAAAAUGGAAUAUAAUUAUUAACUACAUAAUACAAUCAAAUAUUUGCAAUUGCUAAAGUAUAUCAAUAUAUAAUUAGGAUAUUGUAAUGAAGAUCUUAGUUUAUGAGAUUUCUAAAACUAGAAACCUUUAAUAUGAUAGUGAAUAAUUCUUUAAAUAGGCUGAAAUCUAUUUAGAUCCAUAAAAUGAUCCAAUUGCACCAGGACCUUCAAGUUAGAUUGGGAUUUCUAAAGAAAACUAUUUAAAAGUUAAUCCUUCAUUAAAUUAUUCAUUUUUAAGGAAUAUUGCUGAUUAAAUCUCACUUAAUCAUAGAUUGAAUAUUAAAAGAGAAACCAAUCCCUAUUAAUUUUAAAAUGAAAAUUUAGAAUCUUUUGAUGUAUUCUUAGUUAAUACUGAAUUUAUUGAAGAUUUAAAAGGAGUAACAAUUAAAUUAAUUGGAAAAGUCAAUAAUAAAAAUAAACCUAAAAAUGCUGAUGAUCAACCUACUGGCAUUCAAUAAAUGGUCAAUAAAUAUAAAGUUUAAUAUGGUGAAUAAUAACUUGUUAAUAUUUAUAGUUUCAUUAAAUAUGUUAUAUAGUUAACUUAAGAAUAAUAAAUUAAGGGUUGGAAAAAUAUACCUGAAUUACAAAGAUCCAAUUUAGAUGAAAUCUUUGAUUAAAAAUUCUUUAGAGAAUUAGGGUGUAUCAUUCUAGAAUCUUUUAGACAAGCUGGGUAUACAUUAAUUUAUAUUUAGAUGCUCUAAUUUUAAUUAAUACGGAUUUUAAAAUAUAUAAUUAUUUACUCAAAAAUUAUUGGAGAUCUCUUAAAAAGAAGGUGAAUUAGUUUUAGUUAAAAGAAUUAUUACCAUGAUUUCAACAAUUUAUACUACUGAUGAACAUGAAAAAAGAUUUUUCUUAUAAGAUAGCCUAAUUUCUAUGUAAAUUUGGAAAUAAAUUGAUUUAUGGGAAGGAUUAAUUUUUACAACAAUCGAAACAGAAAUAGAUAAAUCAACAAUAAAAGAUACUUCUCAAGUGUCAAAUGAAUAAAUAUUCAAGGAUAAAAAUAUUAUAUAUUCUAAUUUAUUGACUUUAACAAUGAAUAUGAUUAAUUUUAAGUAAAAUAUUAAUUAACAUUUAGAGUAGAUAAAUAUGAGAUUAAGAAUGUUUUAACGAAAUAUGCAAGAGUAUUUUAACUGUACGAUCUAUAAACUUAAGAAUUACUCAAAUUUGCAGAUAAUGAUGGUAAAAUUGAACCAAAUCAAAAAAUUAAUUCUUUAUCUGUUUUAUAAUCAUUAUAUUAAUCGCCAUAAAACACUUAAAUACAAUAAGGAAAUUAAGUUUAAAAAAAAGUAGUAAUAUUUGAUAAAAAAAACCCACUACAACAACAAACACCAAUAUAUUAAUAAUAGAUAACAAUUUAAUAAACUUAGAAAGAACAAUAAUAACAAUAACAAUAAUAACAAUAAUAAUAAUAAUAAUAAUAAUAAUAAUAAUAAUAAUAAUAAUAAUAAUAAUAAUAAUAAUAAUAAUAACAAUAAUAACAAUAACAAUAUUAACAAUAAUAAUAAUAAUAACAAUAAUAAUAAUAACAAUAACAAUAACAAUAACAAUAAUAAUAACAAUAAUAAUAAUAAUAACAAUAAUAAUAAUAACAAUAACAAUAACAAUAGCAAUAACAAUAACAAUAACAAUAAUAAUAACAAUAAUAACAAUAAUAAUAAUAACAAUAACAAUAAUAACAAUAACAAUAAUAAUCAUAAACAUAAAAACAAUCUUAAAACUCGCCAACUUUAUAAUAAAUUUCAUAAUAGUAAUUAACACAAUAAGAAUAGGAUUAACCAAAAAUUAGAUAUAAUUAGCAUCCUUUAGAAGUACCUAAAGCUAAUUUUUUAAAAAAGUUACCAUGA